UUUUCAAUUUGAGGAAAAAAACUUUGAUUAAUUAUCAAACUAUGAAAAUAUUUCAUGGAUACUUUACUACCAUGCAGAGAACCAAUAAUAGGCAACUUGUUUGCAUCAACUGUGGUGGUUCCGUCACGGAGCUUUACCGAAAAAUCAGCCCGACGGUAUUAAAAAUUACUGAAUGCACCAAAUGUAACAAUCCAGCCGAUAAAUACAUAGAGUUUGAGGUGUUGAUAAUCCUUAUUGAUCUCGUCCUGUUAGCCAAACCGGCCUACAGACACAUACUGUACAAUUCCGACUGCAAGAACCUAUGGAAGAUCGGCAUUAUUCUUGUUCUGCUCGAAGCGUACUGCCUUUGGACGGAGGCGUUCAGUCGGUUUACCAAUGUAAGGUACCGAUCGGAUCAGGCUGAUCCUUUCCUAGCAGAAAAGGGAUUCUACGUGUCAUCGGUGCAUAUUUUAAUUGGAACGAUUCUACUGUACACAUUUCUGUACAUGCUGACAAAAAUCUUAAACCGAUCCAGCGCGGUUUCGAACGACAGCGACAAGUGUUACCGGACAGUUUUGCUACACGGCGUAAUCCUAGCGAGUAUCGGCAAGUUCUUUUUUAUUCCAAUCAUUAUCUGGAAACAGAACGUAUCCGAAUCGAGUAUGGCCAUCCACAUUUCGCUAGUGGUUGCCUAUUUUGUGAUCUCACUCACUCAAAUCCACUCGGUGAUUACACGCAACUGCUCCCGGAAAAAAUCGGCUGUCAUCGUACUGUUAGCGUUUAUCAUAAAAACUUUUUUUCUAACACAAAUUAGUGUACUGUUAAAAACCUUUAUGUAA